GGCUCAGUAUCACGCGGGGUGUUUUGCCGAGCGUGUCGUUUCUCUUUCUACUCGGGUACUUCGCGUUUCAUCGCUCUUCCUUCAAUUCGUGAACCGAAGUGCAUUUUUAUCAAAGGAAUUAAAUAAUCAGAAUUAAGCCAGUCACUGGAUAUUUAUUUUUUAAAUAAUUAUUGAAGGUGUUUUUUGCGAGUGAAUUAGAGGAAAUAAUAAUUGAACGAUCAGUUGGCAACCAUUGAUUUUCGGUGAAGACGAUUUUCACUAACAUCACACCCAGCAAUGGCUGAGUUGCUCUCCAAGAAAUCAUCAAAUGCAGUAAGUACAAAAAGCGAUGUAUGCAGUGUCAAAUCUAACAAUGGUUUGAUCGAUCUCGAUAUAACCCCAAGUAACAAUCAGCUAUUAAACCUGUGUGACGACGAGGACGAUUUAAUACUAACGAACAACACGAAGAACGAGUUAACCCCUGAGGACAAGAGUCUCCAAGAGCUUAUCGAGAGUGAAUUGGCCCUUAGAAUAUGCUCAGAGUCUUCCAGUGAAGUUGACAUGCUGGCACCUGAAGAAGAUCACCAUCAGCCUUCGAUCUCAAUAAAAAAAAUCGUUAUUGAGCCACGCCAGGACUUACUGGACAUCAACACCGAAUUCAUAGGUGCGGAAAUUAAUCAUUACAAUACCGUGGAGGAUCCCUACACUUACAGAAACGGUCAUACUAGCCCGGUUAUCAAAGAAUCGCCAUCACCAGAGCCAAACGAACCUGUAGAACUGAUCAAUGAUGAUUUGAAUCAGGUAUUUGCUGGUGAUAUUCGAGGAGCAACGAUAAAAUCGAGUGGCAGUGCUACAGAAUCACUUCUAGACCUCGAGAAUGAGGAAACAGUUCAGAAUUCCCAAACAGAUAUGCCAACAACUGUUGAUUCAUUUGAUGCUGCACCUCAGUCCGUUGACGAUAGCGCUCAGGACUUUGACUUCACAUUUGGACAAAUUCAACCGUACGAGCUGGAAUCUGAAGUUGAUAAUGGAGAGCCACAUCAUGCUGAUGCUGAAGAUGAUGGACUUGAUCUAGUGAAGUUUGUUGCUGAUGGUUAUCAGCCAGAUGAACGGAAGAAGAGUGCGAGGGACAUGUGGAUGGAUGAAGUCGAUCGGGUGGAUCAGGUUCGACAAAUCACUGAUAAUUUUCCCAUUCAUGACAAUACAGAAGUGACGUAUGAAGAUUUGGCGUAUUGUAUUCCAUCUGUGUUUGAUGGAAUUGCUGUUGAAAAAGAACACGAGGCUGAUGAUCUCGACGUAAAAUAUGAAGAAGAUGUGAGCAAGCAUGGAAAUAUUGUUGAAUUCGAGACUGAGUUGAUGGAACCUGGUGAAUUACUGGGGAAAUCAUCGGGUAUUUUGAAGGAUGCUAGCGUUUUUGGACCUUUAAUGAUAGGAGAGAGGGAUAUCAUCAUGGCGAAUGAUCAGUUCAUUGAUAAGGAACGUAAAGAGAUCGUUAAAGAACAAAAUGUCGAAUUAUGUGAGAAUAAUUAUGUUGAUGAGAAAAAUGACGUGGUUGAAGAGGUAGGAAUGGUCCAACAACAAUUACCGAAUGAUAUUAUUGAGCCUUCAAAACAGUUUAAUGAAGAGAUCCUCUGUAGAACCACAGCAGAACCAAUUUUGCUGGAAGAACGAAAGGAAAAAUGCGAAAUUAUUGAGGAAGAUAAAGUGUUGGCUAAAGGCGAAGACUUGGCAGAGACUGACGAAGCUAAUAAUCCAACUAAAAAUGAUAGUGUGCGUGAGCAAUGCUUGAGUUCACCCUCGGUGGCUCCCCUAGCAACUCCAGACGACGAGAGCAGCGAUUUGUCUAACUCGUGUGAUAGCGAAAACCAUGAAGAGGUGAUAACAACCAGCACAGUAACCUCGUCCACCUCCAAGACCAUCACGAAGACCAAAAAGAAGAAGAUUGAGGGGAGUAGCAACGAUGUAUCGCAAAUCAGCACUCCAAAAACCAAGAAAACUAAAAAGAGCAAGAAGAGUGACCUUGAGAAGGAGAAUAUCUCAGUGAACGUUAAUGCCGAAGAAAAAAGCAUGCACAGUAUUCAUCGCGUUCAACCACAGACGGAAGAACUCUCGGAUGAGGACGAUCUGUCCAACGUCAACGUCAAGUCCCUGACACAGUGUUAUGUAUCAGAGACGAGUAGGAACGAGAAUGAGAAGUCGAGCAAGGAAGUAAUCGAGACCGGAGUGUCCAUCAAACAGUUGUGCCGAAGCUUUGGUGACAUAUCGAACGCAAACGACGUGGAUUACGCUACACCAGGGCAUGGAAAAUCGAAUAUGGAGACCCAAGAGAAAGCAAAGUCAAUGGAUGACCUAAGGGUCUACGACAGGGCGAGGAAAUUUACUAGAGAUGCGUCGGUCUUUGCUAGAGUCUCUGUCUCAGCUCUUAGAGCGUCCUACUGUAGCUUGGCAAAUUUAACGAGAAGAAUUGAGCAGGAAUCGAGCUCACGUCCGAGGUUCCUUGGAAUCCAGAAAUCAAGUUUCAACAAAUUCGAUGCACUCACUAAGAAAAACGUCCUCCAUGUUCGCUCCGUGGAUGCUUCAAAAGUCCAUCAACAAUUAAACUCUGUGGGCCAAAAUGGCGAUGCGAAUCCCAACUGCCGCAGCUGUGGCAAGGUCGUAUUCCAAAUGGAACAGACGAAGGCCGAGGGACUUGUGUGGCACAAAAACUGUUUCCGAUGUGUACAGUGCAGCAAGCAGCUGAAUGUCGACAAUUACGAGAGCAAUGAUUGUAUCCUCUAUUGCAAAGCGCACUUCAAGGAGCUGUUUCAACCGAAACCGGUUGAAGAAUCAGAUCAACCCGUGAGACCGAGAAAACCAGAGAUGAUCAUACGUGAGAACCAGCCAAAAGAGUUACCACCCGAUGUGGUCAGAGCAUCGGACAAGCCUGACCUUGGACUCGAGGAGCUGUCUUCGUUGAACGUUAAGUCACGCUUCCAAGUAUUUGAGAAGUCUGAUGCUGAAAAGAAUGAGAUUGAACGAUCACCCUCACAGGUCGCUGUCAAAAGGUCACCGAGCAUUCUCAGCAAGCUUGCCAAAUUCCAGGCAAAGGGAAUGGACAUUGGCGUGGCGGACGAGUCAUUGAACGGUAUACCAUACGAAGAAACCAGUGAGAGUGAGGAGGAAGUGGAUGAGGAAGAGGAAACUGAAGAGUCGGAGAUAGUAAAAUCGAAGCGUACAACUCGUGAACGUCCAAUGAGUUUUAGUAAGAUGGACGAUAUGAAGAAUCGAUGGGAAGUUACAAGUCAGCAAGGAAGAAAGGAGUCGCAACGAGAGGCCCGUAAAGAGGAGAUCGCUGGCAUUCGAUCAAGACUCUUCAUGGGCAAACAGGGGAAGAUGAAGGAGAUGUAUCAGCAGGCGGUUGCAACCAGCGAAAAGGUCACGAAGAUCAACCCAGCUGAGGAGAUUCAGAAUUCCACCCAUGCUAGAUCGAUUAAGGAACGAUUUGAGAGAGGUGAACCUAUUGUUGCUGAUGAGGACGAGACAGACAACAAGCCGAAAGCAGAGAAACCAGAUGAGGAGGUCAUCGCUGCUGGUAUCAGCAGGAAAUCCCGCUCUCUAUUUUUGGAAUUGGACGCUACUGCAGCUAAGACUGGACGACCUGUGACGCCUGUCAAUCCCAAAACUCCUACUGAGGCCCCAAGACGGGCGCGAGAUGCUUUCAUGGGACGACAGGUAUCAGACGACGUCAUUAGAAGCACAGAUACGACUGCGGAGAUUCAGGUGGAAACUUCUGACAUCACCAAUAAGUUUAAAUUUUUCGAAACAUAUAGGGAGCCGGAAAAGAUGAGAAAGCAGUUCCGAAUAACCCCUCCGCGUGAUGGCGAGGUCAAGGUGAAUUCACCCGAGCGCGAAAUUUAUCGCGACCCUGAUGUCAUCAGAGCUGAUGACAGAGUCGACGAAAUUGUUCACACAGAUACAGCACGAAAAAUGCUGUCUAUCUUCAGGCAAAUGGAGGAAAAAGCGACUAAAGAAGAUUUGCCCGAUGGGCCCAAACCUCUGAAAUGCUUUACUCCACCACCUGAAGAUAAAUAUGCUAGACCAACAGCGUCAGACUCUGAAGAAGAAGAAGAGGAAGAAGGAGAGGAGUCUGGAAGUGAUGAAGAGAGAGAUCCAAACUAUGUCAGAGCAUCGGAUAAGGUUGAGGAUGAGUUCUUGAAACAAGCUCAGAACGCUGCGAAGGCAAAAACACUUCGUGCUAAGUUCGAGCAGUGGGAAACGACCGAUGGAAAAACAACAAGUCAUCACGUUGCUGAGAUGGACCUUGCUCAGACAGCAGAUGGUGAGCAACAGAGCAUAGAGUCUGCCAGAAGUCUCAGAGCUAGAUUUGAAUCUCUUGGGUCACAACCAGCAGAGGCACCCCGCGCUGCCAAAGUCAAAGUCAACAGAUUUGUGGAAAUUCAAACUGCCUGUACUGAUGUCUGUGAAAGCUGUGAGAAGAAGGUUUACCCAUUGGAAAAGGUGGAGACGAAUAACAAAAUAUUUCACAAACAUUGCUUCCGAUGUUUGCAGUGCAACUGUGUUUUGAGAAUGGAUACAUUCACACUCAACAAUGGUAAACUCUACUGCAUUCCCCACUUCAAGCAACUCUUCAUAGCCCGCGGUAACUAUGACGAAGGCUUUGGCGUUGACCCCCACAAGAACAAGUGGUCAACGACAACAAAUUCAUCAACGACUGCCCCAGCAACAAUUGUGGCAAAUGGUGGGGCAACGCCCGUGGCCAAUUAGGUCUGAUGUCCAUAUUAAAUCGCGCUCUAAUCAAACAAUUGAGAGGGAAAUAAUACAGACACUGCAGUUUAUAUUAAUAAAAGAGUUGGGGGAACAGAGGCGAAAAGAAUUUAAGUGAAAGUGAAUGUUGCAUCCAUCAAAAUUGCUCAAUUCAUUAAUUUGAUUUUAUGCGAAAAUACGUAUGAUUUAAUGGAGAAUUUUAACAUUUUGUUAAUUGUGAAUAAUUGAUUGGAUUAGAAACUGGAAAAUCUCAUGUGAGUGUGAAAUUGGUAUCUUACUUAAGAUUUAAUUUAAAAUGCGUCUUAGACAAUGAAUAAGCUGUUUAUUGAGAAAACAUCGUAUUGUAUUGAAUGUAUUAAAAAAUUCAAAAUUCAGCUGUGUCAAAUAUUUUAGGAACGUCAUUGUAAAUUGGGUCGGAUGAAAAUAUUUUUUCUGUCGAAUUCGUUCUUUCAUGCUAAUUGGAGGGUUAAAAAGGUUGGAAGUGAUAGGUGAGAGUGUUUCAGCUGAAAAUCCUCUAGUUUUUCAGUAAAAUCAUUUGCAGUUCUAGAUUCAACCAGAUUUAUAACAAUUAAUUCUUAACAAUUUAUUCAUUGAAUCUACUCCAAUCAGUAAAUCCAAUCGAUGCCAGUUAAAUGCCUAUUCACAUAUGAUUUCGUAAAAUUCCUCACGGCCUAUUAAUGAAGCAAUUUCCUCCAUUCUCCAGAAAAUUCCCGAUAUUUAAAAAAUGACUCAAUCAAGUUUUAUGUAAAUUACUUUGAAUUAUUUAUAAUGUUUAAACGGUGAGCCCGUGCAAUGUGUAUUAUUAAUUAUUUCUUGGCUGUGCUUAUUCAGCGCGGCUGAUGCUCACUUGACAGGAACUUUCGCAAUAUGUUAAAUUAAAAAAGAAAUCAAUUAAAAAUCCAUUAACUCUGUACACAAUAUUUGUGAGCAUCACGUGGAUAUUCUUGCCCUACUUAAUUGAAACAUCGUGCGAAUAAGAUAAAACAUAACUUGGUUAAUUCUCUUUUAAAUGUUAAUAUUUUUUCCAAAUACUUUAACUUAAAUUGUGUAAUUGUCAUUGUUUUUUAAUCAUUUCAAAAUUGUAAACAGCAUCGAUGAUCGAUGUGAGGUUGAUUAAUAUGAUAAACUUGGCCUCAGGGAGACUGCUCACUGUGAAAAGUCUCCAUGAUUCUCAUUACUGACUACAACAUCAUGAACUAUUUAAAUGUUAUAAAAGAGAUUCUUUUUCAGUACGUGGAGGGUACUAUUUUCUCCCCAACUGACUCGAAGAGAUAAUAGCUUAUAUGUAUUAUUCAUAUUUUAAAUCUUUUUUGUUCAUUUCUUUUUAUACAUUGUACUAUAUAUUUUCAUUUAUCUUCAUUUUUAUCUCUAUUGCAAAGGAAAUUCUGAGCGAUGAAAAAGUGUAUUAGCUCCAUUAAUGUCAAUACAAUAUUUAAUUCUUUUAAAA